UUCGCGGCCUACAAUUUUCCCAAGCGCCUUGGUAUCUGUGACUAUCUCGUUGCCAUCCGCAAACCUCUCGUUGAUCAUACUGGGGCCAUUACGGUGCUGUCCUGACAAGUUGUUUCGACUUGGUGAACUCUCGGUUCGAGUUUGCAUCUAAGGACGGCAGCGGCGCCAUCCCGAGCGAAGAGUUGAAAGUUAUUCGGCCCUCUCCUAUGUUUGGAACCUUCAAGAAACCUAAACAACGACGGAAAGAAGACGACGAGGGCAAAAUCGGAGAAUAAGAACAAGAGAAGAAGAAAAUGGCCCUGCCGCUGGGCGCAGUCCAACUGGCUGUUGUUUCGUUCAUUUCCAUCUCUUUGUCCCUGGCUGCCCUGGCGCUACGGUUAUGGUCAAAGCACAUCUUGCACCGUCCUCUGGUCUUUCAUGACUACAUGGCUUGCGGCGCCAUGCUCUUCACGACUGGCGCAGCGUCCGUCUACCUCGCAGCAGGGUUUGCUGCAGGCUUGGGACUGCAUCUCGACUAUAUUAUGGCGACCGACCCUGCUAUUCUUGCACUUUUUCUCAAGUUAUUCGUACCAGGGCAGCUCCUCUGGGCGGCCGCCAACACAUGUGUCAAGAUUUCGAUCCUGUCGCUGUACACCUCCCUAUUCGAGGCUAGCUGGCGAUUCGUCCUUCUCUGCUACGCCACCAUGGUGUUCACCGCGGCAUACUUCAUCUCGGUCCUACUCGAGACCUUCCUGCUCUGUAAGCCGGUUGAAUUCAACUGGGACAAGUCCAUCGCUGGCAGUUGCGAGGGGCAGAACACAGCUUAUCUCGUUGCGGGCAUCACAAAUCUCGUGAUUGACGUCUUUGUUGUUGUCAUGCCCAUGCCUAUGUUGUUUGGUCUUCGCAUGUCUCUGCGGAAGCGAUUGGGCGUGGUAGGCAUGUUUAGCUUGGGAGGAUUGUAGGUUCAAUUUUUGGUCACUGCAUCAUCUUUUUCUAUUUCCCCCUGAUGUGCUGACGUAUGCGCUUAAAUCACAAAAGGAUCUGCGUCCUGUCGAUGCUGAGGGUUAUCUGGCUUAACAGCUGGGACCUGACCGACAUGACCUACACCGUUACUCCAGGCGCCAUUUACUCCGUUUUGGAACCCACGCUCGGCGUCGUCAACGCCUGUUUGCCAACCAUCAAGCCGGCCGUCUCCAAGAUAUUUGGGCACCAAAGCACCCGGGCCCCUAAUACCGGGAACAUCGCCUCAACAGACAGCAGAAAUA